AUGUCUCUAUCAUCAGCAAAUGAACCUGUACUUCAAGCAAUUAUAAAAAAACUUAUUCCAUUAAAGUAUUGUAUUUCAGAACUUUCAUUAGUAAUGAAUGAAUUAAAGUAUAUCUUAUUAAUUGAACUUAUUAAUAGUAAUCAGAAAAAUAAUUUUGGUGCAAAUGAACUUAAAAAUCUAGAUAAAAUACUUGAAAAUGAAAAUGAAGAAUCUGUAUUAAAAAGAUCAUAUACAUAUUGGUCAAAGGAAGAUAAAAAACAAAUUUGA